AUGGAACUCACAAUCACUCAACCUGAUGAUUGGCAUCUUCAUCUCCGAGACGGUGAUCUUCUUCAAGCUGUUGUUCCCCACAGUGCGAGUAAUUUUAGGAGAGCUAUUGUGAUGCCGAAUCUUAAGCCUCCAGUUACAACCACUGCAGCUGCCAUUACUUACCGGGAAUCUAUCAUGAAAGCUUUGCCACAUGGGAGUAGCUUUGAUCCACUUAUGACACUUUAUCUGACUGACAAAACCCAGCCUGAUGAGAUCAAGCUUGCCAGGGAAAGUGGUGUGGUUUAUGCGGUGAAGCUGUACCCUGCUGGGGCCACAACCAACUCUCAAGAUGGUGUCACGGACCUGUUUGGAAAAUGCUUACCAGUACUAGAAGAGAUGGUCAAACAAAACAUGCCAUUGCUGGUUCAUGGGGAGGUGACAGAUCCGAGUGUAGAUGUUUUUGACCGCGAGAAAAUCUUCAUUGAAACAGUUCUGCAGCCUCUAAUCCAACGCUUUCCACAGUUGAAGGUAGUAAUGGAACACAUCACUACCAUGGAUGCUGUGAAGUUUGUUGAGUCUUGCAAAGAAGGGUCUGUGGGUGCAACAGUCACACCACAGCAUCUCCUUCUCAACAGGAACGCUCUUUUCCAAGGUGGAUUACAACCGCACAACUACUGUCUUCCAGUUCUCAAAAGAGAAAUACACCGACAAGCCAUUGUUAAAGCUGUAACUAGUGGAAGCAAGAAAUUCUUCCUCGGCACAGAUAGUGCUCCACAUGAACGGAGUAAAAAAGAAUCAUCCUGCGGAUGUGCUGGUAUUUACAGCGCUCCCAUUGCCCUGUCCUUAUAUGCCAAGGUCUUCGAUGAGGCGGGUGCGCUUGACAAGUUGGAAGCUUUCACAAGCUUCAAUGGACCUGAUUUCUAUGGCCUCCCGAGAAACUCGUCAAAGAUCACACUGAAGAAAUGUCCUUGGAAGGUUCCAGAGGUUUUCUCCUUCUCCUUUGGGGAGAUCAUUCCAAUGUUUGCUGGAGAAACCCUCCAAUGGCAACCGUUCUUCAACUAA